UUGUUACAGAGAAACUAUUCAGGACCGGUGUCGAAUAUAGGGAUCGAGAAGAACGGCUUCAGCAGCAACUGCACGGUGCUUCCCUUUUUAGGAGAUAAUCCCGCUUCAUUAGCCGGCUUGAACCUUUCUGAAGAUGAUGUGGGUAUUUCACUUGGAACCAGUGAUACCGUCUUCUUCACCACGAACGAGUAUAAGCCAUGUGUGGAUGCACAUUUCUUCAGUCAUUUCUUAGGAAAGAAGGAUGAAUUCAUGGCGCUUGUUUGCUUUAAAAACGGCUCGCAUGACCGAGAACAGAUGUGCGUAAACGAACUUGGUCUAUACUUCGAUGAGGACGAAAUCGCUCCCAGAGUAAGGAAAGGCGACUUCAGGUACCAGAAGGAUGACGAUAGCUAUCACCUAGUCGAGGAAUUUGCACCGGAGACUGAAGCACGAGCGUUACUCGAAGGUCAAUCGCUAUUGAAGUUAAUGUACGCUAAAACUAUGGGAUGUACUACGGGAAAAGGCCGCCUUUUCCUCACAGGUGGUGCGUCAGCUAAUCCCGAUUUGCAGAGGAUUCUCUCUGAUGUCUUCGCCAUGGACACCUACAUAUUGAAUGUUCCAGAUUCUGCGGCUUUAGGUGGAGCUAUGCUCGCCAGAUAUGCCUACUACUCCCCGAACUCAUCAUAUAGCGACUACUACAAGAGUACGUGCGUUGCAAAAGUUGCCGAACCGAAUUUGGAGAAUUCCCAAGUUUACGAGCAGAUGCUGGAGGAUUUCUCUUCACUAUGCCGAUCCAUUCCAGUCAUGGACUAG